GGGGCCUGCACAGGGCAAAGGGACUGAGGUUGACGGGCCAAGGCAGCGUAAUCACCCACAUGUAACUACUACUUCCUCUGAGUUCUGACUUGGAACAGGAAGCACUGUGCCUCCACCAUCAGGGCUCGCCUCCCAGGGUCCUCCCAGACAGGCCCAGCACCAGCCCGGCAAAGAGUGGAGCUGAAGGCCUUCCAGCCCAGCCUAGUGGGACGCCCCUGUCAAGGUCUCCAGGACACCGAGCAGGGACAUGCCUUGGCCGAGUGCCCUGUGGCUCACCCUGGCGGCUCUGCUCUGCUUCAGGUCCGGCCUCUCCCAGGAGUGCAGCAAAUACAAGGCUAACACCUGCCGGGACUGCGUCCUGUCAGGGCCUGGCUGCGCCUGGUGCCAGAUGCCGAACUUCACUGGGCCAGGGGAGCCCGAUUCUGUUCGCUGCGACACCCGGAAGCAGCUGCAGAGCAAGGGCUGUGCGGCCGACGACAUCAUGGAGCCGCAGAGCCUCGCCGAGGCCCACGAGGACAGACACGGGGCUCAGAAGCAGCUGUGCCCACAGAAAGUGACGCUUUCCCUGAGACCAGGUCAGGCGGCUACCUUCAACGUGACCUUCCGGCGGGCCAAGGGCUACCCCAUCGACUUGUACUACCUGAUGGACCUCUCCUACUCCAUGCUCGACGACCUCAUCAACGUCAAGAAGCUGGGAGGCGACCUGCUCCGGGCACUCAACGAAAUCACCGAGUCCGGCCGCAUUGGCUUCGGGUCCUUUGUGGACAAGACGGUGCUCCCCUUCGUCAACACACACCCUGAGAAGCUGAGGAAUCCGUGCCCCAACAAGGAGAAGGAAUGCCAGCCCCCAUUUACCUUCCGCCACGUGCUGAAGCUCACUGACAACUCCAGCCAGUUUCAGACAGAGGUUGGCAAGCAGCUGAUUUCUGGAAACCUGGACGCCCCCGAGGGUGGGCUGGAUGCCAUGAUGCAAGUUGCCGCGUGCCCGGAGGAAAUCGGCUGGCGCAACGUCACACGGCUGCUGGUGUUCGCCACAGACGACGGCUUCCAUUUUGCGGGCGAUGGGAAACUGGGUGCCAUCCUGACCCCCAAUGAUGGCCGCUGCCACCUGGAGGAUAACAUGUACAAAAGCAGCAAUGAAUUUGACUACCCGUCGGUGGGCCAGCUGGCGCACAAGCUGGCCGAAAGCAACAUACAGCCCAUCUUUGCUGUGACCAAGGGGAUGGUGCAGACCUAUGAGAAACUCACCGAGAUCAUCCCCAAGUCAGCUGUCGGGGAGCUGUCGGAUGACUCCAGCAACGUGGUGCAGCUCAUUAAGAAUGCCUACAAUAAACUCUCCUCCAGGGUCUUUCUGGACCACAGCACCCUCCCUGACACCCUGAAGGUCACCUAUGACUCCUUCUGCAGCAACGGAGUGUCACGGGUGGACCAGCCCAGAGGAGACUGUGACGGCGUCCAGAUCAACGUCCCGAUCACCUUCCAGGUGAAGGUCACGGCCUCGGAGUGCAUCCAGGAGCAGUCGUUUGUCAUCCGAGCACUGGGCUUCACGGACACGGUGACCGUGCAGGCCCUUCCCCAGUGCGAGUGCCAGUGCCGGGACGCGGGUGUGGACCGCGGCCUCUGCAGCAGCAAGGGCUCCGUGGAGUGCGGCAUCUGCCGGUGUGACCCUGGCUACGUCGGGAAGAACUGCGAGUGCCAGACGCAAGGCCGCAGCAGCCAGGAGCUGGAAGGACACUGCCGGAAGGACAACAAUUCCCUCGUCUGCUCGGGGCUGGGUGACUGCGUGUGCGGGCAGUGUGUGUGCCACAGCAGCGACACGCCCAACAAGCACAUCUUCGGGCAGUUCUGCCAGUGUGACGACGUCAACUGUGAGCGCUUCGAGGGCCAAGUGUGCGGGGGCCCAAAGCGCGGCCGCUGCAACUGCGGCAAGUGCGAGUGCAAACCGGAAUUCGAGGGCUCGGCGUGCCAGUGCGCAAACUCCACCCAGGGCUGCGUGAACAAGGACGGGUACGUGUGCAGCGGCCGCGGCCGGUGCCGCUGCAACGUGUGUGAAUGUGACACAGGCUACCAACAGCCCCACUGCUGGUCCUGCCCCGGCUGCCCGGUGCCCUGCGGCCACUACAUCGCCUGCGCCGAGUGCCUGCAGUUCCACAAGGGCCCCUUGGCCGGGAACUGCAGUGCAGCGUGCAGCGGCCUGACGCUGCAGAAGGAGCCCCUUGGCGACGGCCGCACGUGCAAGGAGCGCGACUCGGAGGGCUGCUGGGUCACCUUCGCCCUGGAGCUGCGGAAUGGGAAGGACAAAUACCUCAUCCGGGUGGACGACAGCCGAGAGUGCCCGAAGGGCCCGCCAAUAGCCGCCAUCGUGGGGGGCACCGUGUCGGGGGUCGUGUUCUUCGGCACCCUCCUGCUGGCCAUCUGGAAGGCCCUGAUCCACCUGAGUGACCUCAGGGAAUAUAAGCGCUUCGAGAAGGAGAAGCUCAAGUCCCAGUGGAACAAUGAUAACCCCCUCUUCAAGAGUGCCACCACAACAGUGAUGAACCCUAAGUUUGCUGAGAGUUAAGGGCACCUAGUGAGGACAUGUCAACUGAACCAGUCAGAUGGGACCACCCCCAUACCACAUCUCCAUCUGGCCACCCGUGACCCUACUCUGUGGACACGGCUUACAAUGCUUACAAUUUCAGCCAUUAAUAAAAGUCCACUGUUUUUUUCUGCCCUCAAAAUGACAGCUAUGGACAGGUGAUUCUAUGAACUGAUGAGAAGGAACAGCCUCUGCCUUCUGAUAUGUACAACUUCUUGGCAGAGUCUUGAAAAAGGAAUUGCUUGAGUUUUACCAGGUUAAAUACAUGUUUUCCUGUGUAAAAAUUAGGAUGGUAUCUGGUUAAAGGUAGUGCAGAUAUAUUUAUAUUUUCACUCAGGGUAUAAAAUUACAUCCUGUUGAUUAUACUGCUCCCCAAUCAUGUGUAUAGAAAAAGAUUAAUAAAGCUUCUGUAGAGGCCGUCCAUGGAA